AGGCUUCACCGAGCCACCGAAGCCCGGACGAUCGCGAUAUUUAAUCGUUCAUCUCCUGAGAAGGAGAGAAAAAAAAUUGCGAAAUACCUCAGAAGACGAGUGGAAAAAAACGUGUACACAGUGAAUGAAUUUUCAUACCUCAUAAUUUCGAGAAUCUCAUUAACCAAGAGUUAAUUCAUCGGAGUGAUUUUAUUUAUUCGGGCUGUAAUACCCCUUGUAAUUUAUUUGGCAUUUAAUUGGCCGUUAUUUAUGGAGUAAAGCCAUCGAUACCCGAUUAUUCAAUACCGUAAUUGUACGUGCGUGUGAAUAAAUAAAUUCAUGAAAGUGUCCUUGAAUGAAUGCGAUUAUGAUUCGAAUGAAGAAGUGACUUGUUAGGUACACGUAACUGUCUCAUAAAACACGAAAGAAAUUUUUUUUUCAAUAAUUAAAUGAAUCGACGCAUCGGUGCGAAUCAUCGCCUCAAAAGUCCCCCCGAGGAGCAAUAAAAAUUGAGUGAUUUCCGCCGCAUCGAGGAUCACUUGCAAUUAAUAAUUCUGUAAUUGCGGAUGCAAUUAAAACAGCCCACGAUGCGUUGUGCUACGUGACUCUUAAACUUGAAAAUCUGUAUUCCACGUUUGGUCUGACUUUAUUACCAUUUGUUCGUCUUCAUCAACAGUCGAUUGACAGCGACUGCGCUAUGUACCUGUUGUCAAAUAAUUAUUUGUUAUUGUGUGCGCGCGCAAGCCCUUCAGCCCUUUUGAAGUAAUUUAAAUUCAUCCGGCUCUCCUGUAUUUCUUUCUAGGUUUUCGAAAGGAUUUAUUUCGAGUGCAGUGGGCCAAGUGUGGGGGACACGCGGGUGAAAGUCGAACGUGUGCCGAAAUCCCAUUAUUAUUGCGUUCACUUGUCAAUCGUCCUUCGUCAAAUGAAAUCUCUUCUCACUUUGGUUAAAUUCUUUGUUCGAUAAUCGUUAUACACCGCUUCAUCUAUCGGGGAUUAAUUACCCAUUAAACAGUGAAAAUAAUUGUGAAUUGUUCUGAAUUUUAGUGGAAUAUAUAUUUUUUUAAAUUCAUCCCAUGCCACGUGGAGUUGGUUGAACUAGUUCAGAGUGACAAAACAAAUAGACGAAAAAAGAAUCGGUGAAUUGGAUAGAAAAUAAACAACCACGGCCUCCGGUUCCGCCUCUCGUCGAGUGGCCCAUAUUCAUUAUCACGAUAAAGUUAUCCUGGGGUUAAAUUUUCAAUAAAAAAAAAAAAAUGGCCAGAAGCACUCGCCAGUGACGGGAGAAUCGAAACAGUGUGACGACGAUGCCCGAGCGAUGAUGAACUGUUCGAGUGUCGGUGGUGAUUAUUAUUUCGAUACAGUAAAUCCAUGGAUUUGUGCAAUUAUCACGAUGGAGAGUUGUAAUGAUAAUCGACGAUGGACGAACAAUAAGUUCAAGGAAUUUUAAUAUUUUUGGUUUAAAAGAAACAGAAAGGCAUUUACAAUGGACGUGGAACUUGUUACAAGGACUUCUCUUAGUUCUCUUCAUAAAAUCGACGAUGGGAGGAUCGUGUCGCCGAAUAGUCUUGAUGAGUGGACGUGGUCCAGCCUCAGGAAACAAUUCGAGUACAAGAAUUUGGAAAAACUCUAUACGAUUUAUCAGAGAAGGCUGCAGAAUGGAUAUCUAUCGCUGUUCGUUCUGGUUCAAUUGGUGCUUGGAAUUGCACAUUGUGCCGUGUUAAUAAUGACGGUCGAGAUACAUGCAUCCCUCCCAGACGUUGUAACCUGGUGCAUAAUGGGUGCCCUACUGUGUCCAGUAAUAGCCCUAUCCUUCAGGUCCAAGCUCAUAGCCAGAGAGACAUAUCUACCAGUCGUCCUGUCCUGUGUCAUUGUCGUUCUGCUUGUCCUCGGGGACUUGGCAGUGCCCUUCUGGUAUACCCUCGGCACAUCCAAGGAUACAACGGCGAUAAGACCCGCAUAUGCCACUCAUGUUCUACUGACGUGCUACGUUUUUUUGCCAUUAACCGAGAAUCUUCACGCCUUUAUUCUCGGUAUAACCGCAACUCUGUGCUAUCUCAUGAGUCUUGCACUCAUAACAUACAGAAAUUUACCGGAUUACACAGCAAGGAUCAUCGCCGAUGCCAUUUAUUUUGCCUGUGUCAAUGGCCUUGGUCUCUACUUCCGAUUUAUGAACGAGGUUGUUAUCAGACGAUCGUUCUUGGACAGAAGAAAAUGCGUUGAAUCAACGCUUAGGCUUAACUAUGAGAAAGAUCAAGAGGAACAACUAACGAGGAGUAUUCUGCCUCAACACUUUGCUGCCAAGAUAAAGAAGGAUUUCAGGGAUAUUUUUAAAUUUAUCGAGGAGCAUAAAAAACCACCACCCAAGGGGCGACGUCGAAAUGAUUUGUAUGUGGAGACGCACGAUAACGUCAGUAUACUGUACGCCGAUGUUGUCAAUUUUUCCGGCCUAACUGUUACACUUCCGGUGAAGAAACUUGUUGAAACACUGAACGAUUUAUUUGGAUCUUUCGAUGAAGCCUCGGAGAGGCACAAUGUCUUGAGAAUUAAAUUCCUGGGGGACUGUUACUACUGUGUCAGUGGAGUUCCAACACCCAAUGCACAACACGCGAAGAGCUGUGUGGACUUAGGUCUUGACAUGAUAAAAAUAAUAAAAGAAGUGCGAGCCCGAGUGCGACGUGAAUGUGGAGUGGACAUAAACAUGAGAAUAGGUGUACACUCUGGCAAGAUAAUAUCCGGGAUAUUGGGAGCAAACAAGUGGCAGUACGACGUGUGGUCGAGGGACGUUGUGAUAGCGAAUAAAAUGGAGCAAACAGGUCAACCAGGUAAAGUUCACGUGACCCAACAGACUCUGAACUUAUUGGAGGCAGCUCAGUACGAUUGUGUGCCAGUUGAAACUCUCAACGAUGAGACCCUGAAGAAGUACAACAUAAAGAGCUACCUAAUAACACCAUCGAUACCAGGAUCGCCAGUUCUCCAGGUGGGAAACGGGAGAUUGAAGUAUCUUGUUGAAUCAGUUGAUAGGCAAACCUUGUUGCAGAACAGCGAGAGCAACUUGACAAUUGCUGAUCCCGUCACGCCACCGUUAUCCAACAAACAUUACGUCAGGUGGUACAGUGUGCGACCGAGUACGAGUGUUGGAGCAGCAAGAAACACAAAACGACUCACCCAAACAAUGAGUAAUCAUGCUGAUGUAUUUGCUGGGACAUUCAGGAGGAGAACCCACUUCAUGGACUCGUGUCUCAAGGAUUACCACUUGAUGCUGAAGGCUGCUGAUGCUGAGAUGGAGGAUGCCAUCAAGCAGAUGCCACUCAGCAAGUGGGAACAGUGGUCCAAAUGGGAGCCGAUCAAUCCCGUUUUCCUCACGUUCUCAAGACUCAAUUGGGAGAUUCCUUUCCUCCGGGAACCUGAUCCCCUUUUCAAAUUCUUCGUAGGCUGUGCUGUACUGGUUUUACUAUCAAUGGGUUUCAUUUUCCUGGCACCGGCUAUCAUAAAAUCUGAGUGGCACCUGAGCACAACCGUGGGCUUCAUGCUAGCAAUGCUCUUCCUCAUAGUUCUGCUACCAUUAACCUGGAUGCACUUUGUGUGGAAUAGGUGUAAAGAUCCUCACGAUGAGCACGAGGGACACAUUCCUCAGCCCAGGAAUAAAUUACUUCACUUUAUGUACCAAACUAGCAUUAAAGUCGUGUGGAGUGCACUCUUGAGAACAACUCUUUACCUUGUGAUUACGAUAAUGCUCGCUGCAUGCGCCAUGUUUGAUAUGCUGUUUGAGUGCAAAAAUUUCGAUCGUCUGGGGAACAACAAUGCUACUUCCAGUAUUGCAGAAACCGGAGCUGCUGAUAUCGAGUGUAUCGUCUCCCCCUGGCAAAUGUCAGAGACCUGCUCACUGGCAAUUCUCACGAGUUUUCUAUUCCUGAGAGUGCAUUUUUUUCUGAAACUCGUCAUUGGCCUGGGAAUCGUGGGCUUCUACACUUGGAGCAUUACCGCCUAUCGAUCGACUCUGUUCCAGUCUGGUGCAACGUGGAAUCCCCACCUUGAGCCGAGAAUAGCGCACAUUCUCAAUGUAGUUUUUCUCACGUUUUCCCUACAUUUGAUUGAUCGUCAGGCUGAGUACUUGAGUAGAUUGGAUUAUCAAUGGAAACGCCAAUUAACGCAGGAGCAGGACGAAGCGUUUCAUACUAGAAACGCUAAUAAACUCUUGUUGAGAAAUAUUCUUCCAGAGCAUGUUGCCGAUUUCUAUCUGAAUAUGAAUCGCACAGAGGAACACGAGCUGUACCACGAGGCACACGAUAACGUGGCAGUGAUGUUCGCCUCAUUAACCGACCUAUCCAUCGACGAGAGCAAUAUAUUAAUCGAUCUCAACGAGAUCAUAUGCGAAUUCGAUAAAUUACUGUUCGAGCCCUGCUUUGUCUGUCGAAUUGAAAAGAUUAAAAUCGCAGGAACGACAUACAUGGCUGCUUGUGGCCUAGAAGCGAGACGAAGGGACUCUCUAGAGAAUGAGGAUCAAUAUCGCAACGAGCAUGUCGUCAAGGUCAUGGCGCAAUUCGCUGUUAGAAUGCUGGAAAUUCUUGACAGACUCAAUGCCGAGACUUUUCCCAAUUGUAAACCUUACAAAUUAAGAAUAGGAAUUUCGCACGGUGAAGUAACAGCAGGGGUCGUAGGGGCACAGAAGCCCCUGUACGAUAUUUGGGGUGAUGCUGUAAAUAUGGCCUCUCGAAUGGAUACAACUGGGGUUCCUGGAAAAAUUCAGGUGACAACAGAGACAGCGACAGUCCUCGAGCAGGAUGGAAUAAAGUGUAAUCUUCGUGGAAAAACUUGGGUGAAGCCCAAAGGUCUCGUGACAACCUACUUUAUCGGGGUAGACGAGAAGAGGCGACUGCAGUUGGCUGAUUCAGCCGAAGAAACGACAAAUCUUUAGUGUAAUUAAAGGACCAAUGAGCAAUUUCAAUGACCAAAGAAAUAACCAGCAUCUCUUAUCAACAAUUAUCAUGAUUAUAGAUUUAUCACUGGUAUAAUGCUGCCUGAGCAUUAUGAAUGAAUAAAAUUAUUAUUUUUCUA